AUUGACACUGACAUUCAACUUUAUUUUGGACAAAGAAUUGUCAAAUAAACCAAAACGUAAUUAAGUAUAAAUUGUUUUCUUCAUGGUAUUUACGAAUUUGCGCUUAAAAACAAAAUGUUGACUCUCGAAGUUGUACCUGAACGUUCUUUGGGCUGUGAACAAUGGGAAUUUAUAUUAGGAAUGCACUUUUCACAAGCUGUUGCCAUCAUUCAGUCCCAAGUUGGUAUUAUUAAAGGUGUUCAAGUACUUUACAGUGAUGUAAAACCAUUAGAAGCGGAUUUAGUUAUCAACCUUCCACAUGAUGGAAUUAGACUGUUUUUCGACCCAGUUUCCCAGAGACUUAAAAUUAUCGAAAUAUAUUCAAUGAAAUUUGUUAAGCUGAAAUAUUGUGGAUUAGAAUUUAAUUCCCCAGAGAUUUUGCCUUCUAUAGAACAAAUCGAACAUUCCUUUGGAGCCACUCAUCCCGGUGUUUACGAUUCAGAGAAACAACUGUUUAUGUUAAAUUUUAGAGGACUCUCUUUCUAUUUUCCCGUAGAGUCCAAGUUUCAGUGUGGUAGUACACACAACUUGGGUUCCUUACAGUUUCCAGCAGGUAGUUCUCCAUUGGUAUCUCGUCUUGCUAUCUACAGUGGUGCUGGUGUCGAGCAGGCGUUUGCUCCAGAAUUACCAUUAACCUGUUACUAUGGUCAACUGUAUCUCAAGAAAGCCUCCGUGCUACGCGGAGAGUCUUAUACUAGAGGAAUAAAACUCCAAUUAUUAUCAGGAAUACUUACACCUUGGCCCAUAACAGGAUCCCACAACAGAUUACCGGAUUCUAUAAGGCAGGAAUUCGAAAAAGAAGUUUUACUCGGACAGUCUGCGCAAGAAAUCGCCACAGCCUUAGGAGCCCCAUCAAAAGUAUUUUUUAAGAGUGAAGAUAAAAUGAGGAUACAUAGCCCGAACGCCCAUCGCAAAAUUACUGCCAUUAGGAGCGAUUAUUUUUUCAAUUAUUUCACCUUAGGACUGGAUAUUCUAUUCGACGCGAAUACGAACACGGCGAAGAAGAUAGUGCUGCAUACGAAUUAUCCCGGUCAUUACAACUUCAACAUGUACAUGAGGUGUGAAUUCGAGCUCACGUUAAAGAACGUCGAAAUCAGUGGAUACACUCACUGGAACGAUAUUUGCACAAAACUAACGCCCAGUGAAAGGCCAGUAGUGUUGAACCGAGCAAGUUCAACCAAUACCACUAAUCCUUUUGGAAGCACACUGUGUUACGGGUAUCAAGAUAUCAUUUUUGAGGUGAUGCCAAACCACUACAUAGCAUCUCUAACUUUAUACGGGGAUGGUAUUCCUUAUGAAAAAGAAAGUUACCACGCGUGACAGAGGCUAUCCGCCACUUACCUCGUACUCACAAACAGGUACUGGCAGCCUCACCUUAUUUAUAAAUGUAUUAAGGCUUAAACCUUUCAUCAGAUAUUUUGCCUAAUUGUAACCGUUUGGGAGAUCAUUAGUCUAAUUUUAAACUGUUCACUUUUCGUACUCUUAUUCUGUUUUUAUAAGACCUACUUGUUUUGUUGUUUAUGUAAGAAUGUACGUAUGUUAAUUUUUUCCGUUCUGCCAGUGUUGUGAGAUUUUGACAGAAACGUUUAAGUAUAUAGGUAUGUUCCUUUGUUUUGUGGUGUAACACGAGUUCUGAAAAAGUGUAAAAGUGCUAACUACAUUAAGUCGUUCCUUAUCAAGGUGUAGUGAUAUACCACUCUGUUCCAUUGAAAAGUGUAGCAAAAAUGUGUGACACUAGUGUAGAUAAAUCGAUGAUACUAUAAAUAACAUGUUAUUUAUAGUAUCAUGGAUAAAUCUAUACCUGCUUUUGAGAGGGUGACGAUCUACACUCGUCUUGCGCAGCAUCAUCCAACCGAGUUUGACAACUGUGUAACUGUCAGAGGUGUUUAUUUACAAAAGAUAUUUUUUCUUUUGAAUUUAAUUUAACAUUAAAAGCUUUAAAAAGCGUUUAAUAAUUUUAAAACGUACCUACAAAUUUUAAUUUGGUUUAAUUUUUUAUUUCGUUGUUUCUAACCUGACCAAAAUAACCUGACUUGUUAUAUGGUUAUGACCAUAUUAUGGUUAUAAUAGGGCAUUCCAACAUGCUGUCAAAAUUAAAUCAAUAUAAACUUAAAUAAUAUUCUAUCAGUUCUUAAUGUGUUUUAGAUCAUUUUAGUUGCGUUUCUUUGUAAUUUUGUUUUGUACAAGGAUUACUUUAACAUUUUCACUGGAAGAAUUAAUUUAAAAAGACAAUAUGCCUAAUUUCUGUUGUGUUUUGAAGUGUGGAAUACGAAGUAAUCAUGAUAAAGUUCAGUUUUCUAUCUGUUGCCAUCAGUGCUACAUUUUAAGCAUAAAACAACUAAAUAAUUUAUCAUUUGAGAGACAAAAACAUUGGUUAAAUGUUAUAAAACGUGCUAUAAAAAUGCUAAAUAACUGUGUCCAUGUUACUUACGCUUGGAAAACUGUCUCCACCAUAGGUUAACUCGGACUCCUCGAGGGAGAAUGGACUUAUAUUAUUUAUUUUGCCAAUCUUUUGCUUGUACCUACUAGCAACAUCUGUAUUGUCUACCAACAACUUUUGAAAAUAUUUAAUCAUGUUUAUUUAUUCACUGCUUAAAACUAAAUAAAGUCGUUCAAGUACUUCUACAACUAAAAACUACACAAAAUCUACAACAAAAUGUUCGGAAAAUACACCUAAAAAAUUGUUAACGGUAAAAAACUUAAAAAACAGUGUGGUACAAAUCAUACAAUAUUUGACUCCCAGCGGUGUCAUAAACGUCAAAAUCUUAGAAUGCCCUAUCGUAAUUCAAAAGGUUAACUGCAGUCAGAAAAAUGAAAGAUUACCCAUGAACGAUCAUAUCAAUCACUUGUUUUGUAUUUGCUCUCUUUUUCUAUAAAUAACAAACGUUUGUUAUAGAAAAAGAUAGCAAAUACAAAAUAAGUGAUUGAUGUGAUCGUUCAUGGGUAAUCUUUCAUUUUUCCGACUGUACAGUAGAACGUACCUUUGUUUAGUGGCACAUACAUGAUUUUCCUUUGACACUAGUCAGCGCUCAACUACAGUACUAGCUAGUACUCAACUACACUCAAAACUAACGCUAAACUAGAAAACAAAGGAACAUACCUUAUAAAACAUAACUCCUGUUCUAACACGGUUAGCUAAUUAAAAUUUAAUAUUACUAAGAUUUCUGUAUAAAUGUUUUUGACAUCUCCAAAGGUUCUGGCAGAAUGGAACGAUUUGAUAAUCAGUGUUUUAAUGUGAAAGUAUUGCAGUACCUCUUAAUUUAUAUUGUAAAAGUGAAAUUUUAUUUAAUUGUUAUAGAAUGUUUGUUUCUUUCACGGAAAUAUUUUAAUAUGUUAAAGAAAAGUGAAUAGAUUAUAUUGUGUAAGUCAUAGAGAAUCGUAGGUUAGACUUUUACAGGAGAAUAUUAAUUGUCUGGUUUUAUUUUUGACGUAGUUCUAUCUAAUCCUGAAUAAAAUAAGAAGUAUAGAAUUUUAUGAUAUUUAAAAAUAUUUUUCAUUCAUAGCGUAUAAGUUUUUUCACUUAAAAAACUGAAUUCUAAACAGAAAUAACCGAUAUCCUAUCGCAGAAAGGUCCUAAUAUUAGUCUUUUAUUUAUUUAAUGUCUUGGAUCCUCUCAACUUAUGGUUUUCCCCGAAUUUCCCAUCUUAGGUUCUUAGGCUUUCCAUGUCUCCCAUCCAACCUAAUUCCUUUUUUUUGUUGUUUUUUUCUAUGUUCACCCUCUUUGUCUAAUUUCUAUUUUUCUCUUCUUGUGGGUGUUAGGAUUUGUUAGUCUUUAGUACUAAGUAAAAACGUUUAAAAUUUUAGUUAAAACUGUGAAUUCAAUUUUAAUUUAAUGUUCUUUUAAAUUUAUAUUUCUUUUCUAUGUAACUCUUUUAAUAAAAACUCCUAAUUGCAAUAAACACACGAUUCUCUAAGCACUAUAUAUUUCAGGUAAAAUAUGUAGCUUUAAAAAAUUGGAGUGGAAUAUAUUUCCACUCCAUAAAAAAGAAAAAAAUAAGACUUGGUUUAGUAGUUAUUAUAAUUCUAAUUUGUUUUGUAUAUAUUGAUUAAUAUUUCGGUGAUGAAGUGACCGUAAGCGCAUUUUUUAACAAAAUAGGGUAUAUUAAAUGUCAACAGUCAUAUUAACAAUAGUUUUUAAUACACUUUUUAACCCACGCUAGAAAAAUCAUAAUAAAAGGAAGAAGAAUAAAAAAAUAUGCUUUUAUCUAAGAAUAAAAAACUGAAAACUCUUGUUUUGUGUACACUUCCACAAAAUGUAUUACAAUUUAUUUUCACUACAGCUGUUUCCAUUAGUAUACAAGUGAUGUAUUUUUACUAUGCGUCUAGUAUAGUAGAAGAAUUUACACUGAGUAAUGGCAAUGGGUAAUUAUGUGGCCCUUAGGUAAUAGGGAACUUGCACAUUUUUUUUAUUACAUAAUAAUGUUCAGUUUUGUAUAAAAAUGAGAUUUCCAAAAUUUCACGCUUCAAAAAUUCAUAAUAACUUAGAAGUACAAAUUUAAAGUCUUCUGUAUCUUAAAAUAGUUCAAACGACCCGUGACGUCACAGAUCUUAUACACAUAGAUUUGGCCAACUCCGAAAAAUAGCGUAACGUGGAGUCGUUCGGGUCGGUCGAACGACUAUCUCUCUCUACUGUCGCUUAGCUUUCUCUAUCUGGCAUAUGAUGGCUGCCGCCUCUUUGUAACUGUCGUUCCAUUACUCCCACCUCUUGGUAGAUACGCUCACACUCGCACGACAGACAAAGAUAGCUAGACCACCGUACUUGAUAUCGACGUUACACCCCGAUGCAUUGUUUAGCAUAUCUCUAGCCAGAUCUAUUCUUGACAUAUCUCUGGGUUCCGUUUAUGGAUAUAUUUACGUAUAUUCUUCUUCUUCUUCUUUAGUUUAUUGGACUCCACCUACUUGGGUAUUUGACCAGCUCGUCGUCGGGGAAUAAAGGAAAAAUAUUUAUAUUCUAAUGACAUUUGUCGUAUGUCAUUGUAAUAAUAUAUACCAGUUUGUUGAGAUUGGAGUUUGAUACAGUUUUUGAAGGAAAGGAAAGAAGGUUUACUAUUGAAAAUAAAACCAUUUUGUAAAAGUACAAAUUUUCUAUGAAUAGUUCAAACGAUCAAAAACACUUAUAACGUCACAUAACUGUAUUUUCUACUGACAUUUAUAAUGUCUAAAUUAAAAUUAUAUAUACCAUUGGUGUAGAAUGUAAACAAACAACGGUGUGACGUCACGACGCGUUUUGGGGUGGCUGGUAUAAGUUGAAAAUUUUAGUCGUAUUUAGGGGCCAAACGAAAGACAAACACAACUUUUUUAUCUUUGAUACAGGUUCUAAAUUAUGUUCUGUUGUGAUUUAUACCAUUUUUUUCGAAUUUAAAAUUUUAUGCAAGUUCCGUAUUCGUUACACUUAUGUAGAGUUUUGCCUAUGAGCAUGACAUUAAUAAAUGCAACCAAUUUAUCAAUCACUAGUCUUAAUUAAGACUGUAAUGUCAAUUAUUCAACUAGUUGUUACAUAUGGAAGUGAAACAUGGACUCUAAAUCAGCUGAAAAUAAAUAAGCUGCUGGUAUUUGACAGGAAGGUUCCUAGAAUGAUAUUUGGCCCUCAAAGAGAUAAAUUGACAGUAGAGUGGGGAAGUUGGUGACUCUGUAUGGUACUGAAAACAUCGUCAGACAUACAAAAUAUCUAAUAUUGUUCACGGUUACUCCAUUCACAAUAAUACCUUCUGUUGUCUCCAUUAAUGUUUCCUUAAAUAGUUCCUCUGAAUGCAACUUAAAAGAAUAAAAUCGAUAGUGUACAGCCUUGCCUCACUACUCUUUUUAUAUUAAUUUCACCCGACAGUUCUUGUUCAACUUAUAUUCUUGGUACUUGAUAUCAGUAUAGAUUUGUAAUUAUUCGUAAAUCUUUAUCGACCAAUCCAACUGUUUUCCAUAUUUCUAGCAUUUUGUUAUGUCGGACCUUGUCAAGAGACUUUUCAGAAUCGAUUGCACAGCUCUAUACAUUUUGAUUUAUAUCUCGGCAUAUCGGUAUCAGUACUAAAUCCGAAUUGAGUAUUGAUAAUUCUCUCCUUAAUAGCGUGUAUAUUCUACUAUGUAUUAGAUUCAAAAUGUGACUCAUCAGAUUUUCGAUAAUCACUACAUGUCUUUGCACAAUGUUUCUUUGGUAUUGUGACAAAUGUUGACUUAGGCCCAUCAGUUGGUAAUAUGGAGUCUUAAAUUCUAUUGAAUAGACCACAGAGUGCUUUUAUUUCAUUUCCUCCCAAAAAAUUUAGACUUUAUACUACAAUCACAAUAAAGAUGCACUAGAAAUAAACAAACCAAAACACGUUGAAUGUUACUAGGAGCACUCCCAAAUCAUAAUUUACAAUGUAUAUACAUUGUAAAUUCCAAAUCCUGCUUUACAAAGUUUAUACAUUGUAAAUCAUGAUUCGGGACUGUUCCUCAGUAACAUUUAGGGCCGGUACUUUAUGUCCCGAUUAAACCUCGGUUGGCUAACCGGGGUUUAAUCGGGACAGAAAAGUACCCCAUAGGGCCUCUUGCGUUGUAAUAAAAGCAAUUAUAAUUAUUAUUAUAAUUAUUUAUGAAUAUAAUAAUAAGUAUAAUUGCGUUUAUGUCUAUGUUUUGCAUAUAUUUCUGUCCCGAUUAAACCUCGGUUAACUAACCGGCUGUUAACGGAGACAUAAAGUACCGGCCCUCAACGUGUCUUAGUUUGUUUAUUUUUAGUACAUCUUUAUUGUGAUUUUAGUAUAGUAUUCUAGGACCGACUUUAUCUUGCCUAGAGCUUUUUCAUUAUUUGUCUUUAGUCCAGGAACCGAAGCUUUUCACCUCGCAAUUUUUACAGAAUGGAUCGAUUUUCUUGAAAAUUUGAAAAUAACUAGUGGAUAGUCCAAGGAUCAAAAUCUAUAAGAUGCCGGAAGGCGCUUUUUUUAUUAUAUUUUGACCUCAAAUAUUGAUAAAAACAUUCAUUGUAAGCAAAACAUGUUCUAUACAUUUUUUUGAUAAAAUUAAUAGUUUUCCAUUUAUUCGCUAUCGAAAGUGUUAGUUUUAUAUCGAAGAAAUCAAUGUUUUUAGAUAAAUACUCAUUUACUAUUCACUCAAUUUUUGCCAUAGAAAACAUUUUUUCCAACCAAGUUCUUGGGAAUGUAAUAACCGACAAUUUCAUAUUUAAACAUUUUUUCGGAUCUCUGAUACUAAUCUUUCUAUUCUGAAAAAAAUCGCAUUUUUUACCAAACUACAAAAAUUCGUUAUUCGCUUUUAACUCCAAUUUUCUCCAAGCCAGUCAAAAUUCUAGAAUCUAUUAAUAAUAGAUAAAUAAAGAAGAAUGAAUAAGACCAAUGACUAGAAACACCGCAAACUUACAUUAUUAUGCUUACAAUUGGAUUUCUCCUUUUUUUUUUUUUUCAAAAAAAUAUAUUGAUUUUUUAACCGUAACUUUUUUAUUUUUAUCUUAGAAAGUUUGGUAAAAAAUUAUUUUGUAGAUUUUUAAAAGGUCUAUAAGGAUAUUAAUAUUAAAUCCUUUUAAAAUCCUCAGUCACAGAAAGUGGUGACUUUGAAAGGGUUGGUAAAGGUGGUUUUUGCAUGUUAUUACAAGAUUUAAUUGUCAAUAACUCACACAAUUUUUGCCGUAGAAAAAAUGUUUGCAAACCAUGUUCUUGAAAAUAAAAUAGGCUACAAUUUCAUAUUUAAACUUUUUUUCGUAUCUCUGAUGCUAAUCUUUCUAUUAUGAAGAAAAGAGCAUUUUUUUCCAAACUUCAAAAAUUCGUUAUUCGCUUGUAACUCCAUUUUUUUAAAAACUAAUCAUUCUUCUUCUUCAUGUGCCGUGCUCGAUUAUCGAACGUUGGCUAUCAAAUUGGCUAUAGUAAUUUUGUUAACGGCAGCUCGGAAAAGGGAUGCAGAGGAUCUGUUAUACCAUUCUCUCAGGUUUUUAAGCCAUGACGUUCUUCUUCGACCUGGCCCUCUUCUUCCGUCUACCUUGCCUUGUAUUAUUAAAUGGAGUAUAUUAUAUCUCUCUGGGUGUCGCAUAACAUGGCCAAAAUAUUCAAGUUUUCGAUUUUUAACUGUUCUGACGACUUCUGUGACUUUUCCCAUCCGGUGCAAAACAACUUCGUUACGAACUCUAUCCACCCAACUUAUUCGUAGGAUUCUUCGGUAUACCCAAAUUUCAAAGGCUUCCAAUUUCUUGAGAAGAGUAUCUGUUAAAGUCCAACCUUCGACACCGUACAAAAGAGUAGAGAACACAUAACAUCUCACUAAUCUAAUUUUAAGAUUCAAAGUAAUGUUGUUUCCACAUAAAAGCCGUUUCCUAACCUAACCUAAUCAUUUUAAGCCGGUCAAACUUCUAGAACCUAUUAAUAAUACAUAAAUAAAGAAGACCAUUACAAGCUCAAUUACUAAUUUUAAUUAGGGUGGUGAUUAGGGGGUUGCUUCCGAUCACAUUUUCACUGAAAAAAAUAGGGACUGACAUUCUUUUCAUUAUAAGUCACUUCAUUUUUGAGCUAGAGACUUUUUUAUAUCUGAAGAUAGAUAUUUUUAAAUACUUUAAAUUAGUUUGAACAAGUUAUCCUCGAAAAAUGCAUAGUUUUCCCGUCUUUUGACUUUGAAUCUACAAUAUUUAGCAUUUGACGAAGAAGAGCUAACAGAUAAUAAAAUAUAGCUCGAUUACUAUUGGUCUUAAAAAAAAUUAAAAAAACCCGUUUUGUUUAUUUUUUUAAAAGGUACAUUUUUGUUAGAUAAAGUUGUUUUGAUAAAACGAAAACUUUUUGAGUUAUUAGCAGAAAACUGAUUUAAAACAUUGAUUUUUUCGAUAUAAAACUAACACUUUCGAUAGCGAAUAAAUCGAAAACUAUUAAUUUCAUCAAAAAAAUGUAUAGAACGUUUUUUGCUUAUAAUGAAUGUUUUUACCAACUCUUGCGGUCAAAAUAUAAUAAAAAUUUCCACACCCGAGAUGGGGUGGCAGCCACCCCCAUGGUAAAAGCGCCUUUUGGCAUGAUAUAGAUUUUCAUCCUUGGACUAUCCACUACCUAUUCUCAAAUUUUCAAGCAAAUCGAUCCAUUCUGUAAAAAUUGCGAGGUUUUGUCCUAUUUUAAGCUUCAUUACUUGGACUACUUGUCCAUAAUUUCGCUCAAAAUGAAGGACGUUUAUCUUUCAUAACUAUUAUUAAAAAAAUUAUGUUAUUUUUUUCUGAAUUUUGUUCUUAAGAGGAAACAGUAGCGAUCAACAGGUAGCGAAAACGCGUUCCAAUAUUGCGGCUGUAAUUUUGAAUAUUUUUUCCAGAUAUUUGGCACACAUAUUCGUAAUAUAAUAAAGAAUGGCGGUACAGAGCCCAUUUUGAAAAAUAUAUUAAUAUGUGCAAAUUUCUCUGUAAUUAAAUACAAUAUUAAAAAAACGAGCCUGUACCGCCAUUAAGAAGAACAAAAAAAUACACUUUCUUCAAAUAAAC